AUUGAAAGGGAAGGUUCAUAGUCCAAAAGAACAAAAUUCAAGUGAAAAGAGCUUUCUAAGAAUUUGGCAACUGCGCGGUUGUGUGCCAAGAGGGAAGACAGUAACCAUGAGUAGAGAAGAAAAGGAAGAAGAUGAUAUAGUGUGCUUAGACGAAUCUUUCUUUAUCAAUGACGACUACCAGAUUACAGAUUUUACAUUUGGGUCUCAUGUUCUUCAGCUUUACUGCCUCCAAUCUUCUUCAACUGAUUUUGAUUUGACAGGACAGUUGGUGUGGCCUGGGGCAGUGCUGAUGAAUGAUUAUCUUACACAGAAUGCUAACAUGCUCCAAGGAUGUUCUGUCAUUGAAUUAGGCUCUGGUGUUGGUAUAACUGGAGUACUCUGCAGUAGAUUCUGUCGUGGAGUAGUGAUGACAGAUCAUAAUGAUGAAGUUCUCAAGAUUCUGAAGAAAAACAUAAAGCUGCAGGAAUGUUCAGAUGAUUCUAUGUGUUGUACAGAAUUAAAAGCUGAGAAGCUGGAAUGGGGUAGCUCUGAUCAGCUGAAUUGCAUAUUACAGGAGCACCCAGAAGGAUUUGAUUUAGUCCUUGGAGCUGACAUUUGUUUUCAGCAGGCAAAUGUUCCUUUGCUUUUUGAUACUGUUGAGCUGCUACUUAGAGAUCGCGACCAGAAGAAAUGCAAAUUUAUUUUGGCCUAUGUUUCACGAGCAAAAGUCAUGGAUGCUAUGGUCAUCAAUGAAGCAAUUCGGCAUGGUCUGCAGAUAAAUGAAGUUUCUGGGACUCGACGUAUUAUCAAGAAUCUUGAAGGAGUUAUAUUUGAGAUUACAACUAAUCACUAGAGUUGGCAAUUGAGAACGGAGUUUCUUCAGCUCCAUUUGAUUGGAAAACUAUACAGUUUAAGGAGCACAAUAUUACUCUGUGAACGACGCAAAAAGCUCUAAUUGCCAUCAAAACUUGAUUUUCUGUAUAAUUUUGACAUUCUAGGCAAACAAAAAAGAUGCAUCUAGUCCUCAAAGAAUCUUGUAAUGUAUCAUUUUUCUCUUUAUAGCUCUUCUUUUGUCUAUCGGAAACAACCUCCCUACCCCACAAAGGUAAGGGUAACGUUUGCGUAUAUAUUACUCUCUUCAGACCCCACUUGUUGGAUUACAUUGAGUAUGAUGUUGUGAAUUAUAGAUCUUCUUUUGAUUUGUUUUCAAACUCUAUUUUGGAGUGAGUCACUUUUGGUAUUUUAA